CCCCUUGUGCUUAAAAAUGACCAUUUAAUUUGUGACACAGGAGGCUGAUUUCCUUCUUUCGUCUUUAUACAGGAUUGAUGUUAUAGACUUUCGACUACAAUGGAAACUUUACAAUUAUGGAGAAAGAUAGCUGUGAUAUUCCUCUGGACGGCAAGUUUCUCACUUUGUACUGGAGACAACGCCCACCACCGCUGCAGCAUGAGACACGGCAACGAGCCCAACCUGGAUGACUUCUCGUGCGAGAGUUUCUGGCGCUGUGAGCACUUCGAGGGCCAUCUCACUCACUGCCUGGACAACCACCAGUUCGACUUCCGGACUCUGCAGUGUCUGCCCAAUGACGAAGUCUGGUGUCAGUGGCAGCACAUACAGCAGGCCGAGGGAGGGGAGGAGGCUUCUGGUGGUGGGGGGAGGAACUACGAGGACGGGGACUCGCACGAUGACCUCCAAGACCUUCAGUACACGUCAGACGUGCUGGAACAGUGGAAGGAGAAGCAGGAGGAUGGGGAUAAGUAUGAG